GUCGCGUCGCGUCUCGAUGACGUCAACACCAAAGCGACACCGCGCUUUCGAGCGAGUGAUGGAGUUGUUUUCUGUUCCACGGCACGGAAGGAGUAAUGAAAUCUCUCUGUGGUCGGAUUAUCAUGAUGGACUGAAGGUUUAAAUGGUUCGCUUAUGGAGGAUGGCUGACCAUCAGAUCAAUGACCCAAAGAUUGCCUUCGCUUAUCUGCGGCCCUCCUGCGUCUUACUGACAAAAGAGCCCACCCUGUCCAAUAUUGAGGCUCUAAACGGCCACCUGCGUUGUGUUAGCGAUGGAGUCCUCCAGCUGUUUCAGGAUUAUGUACUCUUCCCUCUCCGCUUUGUCCUCAAGAUGCCUGGGGCCAAGCGAGAGGGCAUUGUGCAAGCCGUCAUGGAUGCCAUGACCUAUGUUCUGCAGACGACUUGUAUCCAGAACUGGGAAUCUCUACGGGAUCUUUUUUCUGAGCUUUGCCUUUGUAUCUGCUUGCCGAAUGACCCCGGAAAGCCGGCUCCGUCCUCAGAGGAGCUGAAGUUAUCAGUGCUGCGAUGUCUGAAUGCUUUAAUGCAUUCUGCGUAUGGAGACGUGGUGUUCAGUAUGUACAAGCCUGCGAUGCUUCCAGGACUCGGAGCCGCUGUGUCUUUGUUCCUGGCUUUGGCAGAGCAAGAGAAAGCGAGAGAAGUGCAGGCAUCAGCGUUGAGGUGCCUCCUGUCUCUGUUCCUGCAGUGCGACUGCGAACGAACGCACGUAGAAGCGGACGAAGGGGAAAGAAUCUUGCUUGGAAAUACACUGGCGUCGUUCCUGCCGGGAAUCACUCGAGCUCUGAGUCUUGUGAUUAGCGGAGACGUGAGACAAGGACACAUGGUAACAGUGAAAGCCAUGAGGGUUUUGUACACCACAGUGGGUUUAGUUAUGGCAGACACACAGCUUCAGAAUAACAGCACUGCGAGUGCAGAAUCACCCGAGUUGGGAAGGAUUGGAGACCUGGUGGUGAAAAGGACUCCUUCUUGGAGCAAGUCUACUUCGAAAAGACUUGCCCUGGCACUGCAGAAAGUGAUCUCUUAUACCGCAGGGCACCCACACUGGAGGGUACGAUUGGAACUGGUCAAUCUGUCAGAUCACCUUCUUACCCGGUGCAGCAAAUCUUUACCCGAAUGCAUUGGUCAUCUCCUAGAUGCUUUAGUUGGUGCAGUAAAUGAUGAGGAACCUCGAGUUAAAGAGCGGUGCUCAGAAGUACUUGCUGAAGUGUCUAGAAGAAAUCAAGCUACAGGAGGCCAAGCCUUAAAUGACGUCCUGUCUGAAAACUUGCACAGCCUGGCAUCUUCUCUGCCUCGCCUCAUGAGAACGACGGACGACAACCGCAAGCUGUUUACCCUCACCGUCUUUUUGGGGUACCUGAAGAUUCUCGGCCCUCAAGUGGAUUUUGUCUUGAGGUCCGCAGUUCACCUUGAGCGAAUAUCUAAAGCAUUAAUGCAGGUGCUUGAGUUGGAUGUCUCGGAUGUCAGGAUUGUAGAGGAAAAGAGUUUUGCACCGUUAUCUGACCUGGCACCUGAUGCUCCUGAAGUGCAGCACCAGAGAAAGUACUUUCUUUAUUUCACAGACGACAAGAUCUUUUUGGUGUUGAAGCAGGUAUGCCGGAUGCUUGGGUGCUACGGAAAUCUUUAUUUACUGGUGGACCACUUCUUGGAGCUCUACAAGGAGUCAUCGGUGUAUCGCAAACAAGCGGCCCUGGUGCUCAAUGAGGUAAUUAGCGGGGCAGCAGGAGUCGGGUUGGAAAAUGAGGACGGUUCAGAGAUUCCCAGAGGAAGUCAUGACGACCUGAAAAGUGUGAUCGCUUCCAUUAUCGAGGAGUACAUCAGUUUAAAUAACUGGCACCUCGCCUCUGUGAUGGAUGACUCGGAAAAAGAAGACGCACAGGAGAAACAUCAUUCUGCAGUCUCGUCAAUUUUAAGCAGAGCUGAUGAAAACCAACUUACCCCAAGCUUCAGUUCCAAAGAUCCAACGCUUCACCAACUGAACAGCAACAUCUGGCAGAUCUGCAUCCAGCUGGAAGGGAUCAGCUCGUUUGCGUUAGCACUAGGCUCAGAUUUCCGCCUGCUUCUGAUGACAUCUCUGUACCCAGUGCUGGAGAAAGCGGGGGAUACUUCUCUGCUCGUCAGCCAAUCGGCUCUCUGCACCUUGCACGACAUUUGCGUGGCUUGCGAUUACGACUCGCCCAAGGAGCUGGUGAUCAGGAACGCAGACUACCUUUUGAACGACGUCUCCCUUAAUCUAAACAGACCCAGCAUUCACCCUCAUGCCCCGCGAGUCCUCGCCGUCAUGUUUGCUCAUUCUGAUGCUGAAUUGCUCCCCCUAGUGGCUGAAGUGGUGCAGGACGUUCUAACGGCUUUGGAUUUGAGUUAUGACCAGAGGUCAGGGCAGUUCUGUGCGGUCCUGCAUUCACUGAUGAAGGCACUGGUGAGGUGGUUUAACACCAGCACUGAAAACCGAAGGAAGACUUCCAUAGCCAGAGGAAACACCCAGACUCCUGAGGCACUGAAUCUUCACCAGUUUUUGUUGGAUUACAGAAAGCAGAAGGACCUGGCUGAUGGCAUCGGCAUAGAGGAGGAGGCGGGGGCGGAGUCAGAAACGCCCGCUGCUCCUGAGCUGAAAGAAGAAGAGGACGAAGGAGAGGAAGGUCCUGACGUGAAAACGGAACUGCCCUUGCACGUGUCUCUCACGAAAGACGUGAUGGAGCGCUGCAUUCACCUGCUGUCUCACCCCAACAUGGGAGUCCGAUUGAAGGUGUUGAACAUUGUAGAGCUGUGUGUGACUGUAUUGUGUGAGAUGGAGAAUGAGCUUUUACCCAUGGUGCACCGCUGCUGGCCUGCUCUUCUUCAGCGACUCACCAAUGAUGACCCGCUCGCAAUCCCCCGAGCUUUUAGGGUGCUGUGUAUGUUGGGUGAGACGUGUGGUGACUUCCUGAGAAAGCGAAUCUCUAAAGAGGUCCUGCCCCGGCUCACGUCAGCGCUUUCACGCCAGGCUGAGACGAGCGCUCGCUCUGGUCCCGUGUACACACACACACUUGCAUACAAGCUGCAGCUGGCCGUGCUACAGGGACUCGGACCUCUGUGUGUGCGCCUCGACCUGGUGGACUCGGAUCUAGAUCUUAUCUUGGAGGCCUGUCUUCCUUACCUGAGCGUCAGACAACCAAUCAGAUUGCAGGAAGCCUGCCUCAGUGUUUUCCGACACGUGAUGCAGCUGGACCCGGACUCGUGCUGGUUGACGCUGAGCGAGUGGUUCUGUCCCACGUCCUACGAGCCGCCUCACGCACUCCUGUUCCCCGUCAGGCCGAGCGGCACGAGCCGAGCGAGGAACGAAUACACACACAACGUCCUCACACUGCUGCAGGAACUCGAGCCGCACCAGGAGAUACAUCAGCACCAGGAGUGGUAGUCGUGAAGUCUCAGGAUCGGACGAUACAGAGCUAAAUAUCGUAUCACGAUACUGAGACGGUCUCAAAUCAUCACUACGAAACAAACAGAACCGAAUGGAACUGAAAGACCACCAAAUGAUUCUUUAAAGAUUUUAUUAAAUACAUUUUUCAAAUAAUAUUUUUUUGGGAAAAAAAUGUCCUGAGGUGUUUUAUUUCUCCUCCAGCACCCACACUGACACGUUUAUAAAAUUAACAAACAUGAUUUGUUUAAAUUAGCAUAAUGACUACCUCUGUCCUGAAGACCUUCCCAUUUUGGAGAACUGAUGCCUGAGAGUCCUCCCUCCUGAAGAUCUUCAUGUUACAGGGAAUUCACACUGAAGACUUCUUCCUUUUAAAGCUCUUCCUGUUUUGGAGAACUGACCCUGUAGACUCCCUCCUGAAGACCUUCCCAUUAUGGAAAACUGACAUUGGAGACUCCCCUGUCCUGAAGUGCUUCUUGUUAUGGAAAAUGAGUACUGGAGAUUCCUUCCUCCUAAAGACAUUCUCAUUAUAGAGAACUGGCCAGUGUGAGCUGCCUGUGUGAACUCAACACCUUCUGACCAAUCAAGAUCCAGGAUUCAGCAUCGGGGAACAAGAAAACUGAAUAUUCCCAGGACUUGUAGCAACACCGAUCUCCUGCCGCGGCAUGCUAAAAUGGCUAGCUGCAUGCUAGCUUAAAACCAAUCUGCUUUCAAGAAAGCUAACGGGACGUCCAGCUAAAAACGGUCUUUAGGCGUUAGCUGGAUCAGCGUAUGUUGUGUGUAUAAAUGCUAAUACUUUGUACAUUUUAGAAUAAACGUCUCAACCCUU